UGGGAAACGGUGAUCCCACAGCUUUUUUCACGGCUUCACCAUCCUGAACCCAUUGUUCGCCAAGAAAUUGCCAAUCUGCUAUGUCAUAUUGGGACAUCAUCACCACAAUUGAUCAUGUAUCCUGUUAUUUUAGGGUCGAAACCCGAGACUCAACGAUCUGAACUAGCACUUAUUGGAUACACCAAGGUGCUUUCUAUUUUACGUACUAAUAAUGCUGAAUUAGUGAGCCUUGUAACUGCCUGGGUUGACGAGCUACAGAAAAUAACCGUGUUUUGGGAAGAAUUAUGGCUGAUUGGACUCGAGCGUGUUCAGAGCGAAGUUCAAGGACGUGUGGAACGUCUUAUUAUUGAUAUACGUCGUAUCAAUUCAAACAAAUCUCUUUCAAACAUAUCCCGCAUGGAAGUUAUGAAACGCAAUGCCACCAGUGUGAUGAAGCCGAUCCUGUUUGCCAUGGACAAACUAAACGAGCAGACUGUAGCCAAUGGAGCAACUACAAGACAUGAGCAACGUUUUAUUGAGCAUUUUGGAGAGAUUAUAGAAAAUUCAUUAAAAGUUUUGCGCGAGACUGCCAAGUUUGAGGAUCCGAAAAUUUUAUUGAAUAGCUUCAAAGAGGUAUGGUCGAUGCCUUGA